AUGAUGGGUGACAAGUACGAAGCAAGUGGUCACAAAAUGCCUCAUUUCCGCCCGUGGUUCGAACAGUAUAUGGGGGUAGACAUUGGUUAUGCGACACCAAGUCAACGAAUCGAUGACAUCGAAAUCCCACCUCCAGUAGAAAACGACGAGAUUUACGACGAACUCGUCCGUGCCAACAUUUCCUUCUCAAACGCGCCACGGAUGAGGCUGGUCCGAGGGCAUGGUCAUACGGUACACGAUAUCCUCAACUUGCGACAUGGAAAAUUCCCACGUUUACCGGAUCUCGUCGUAUGGCCACGAAGUGAACAGGAUGUGAUGAAAGUUAUCGAUCUAGCAAUGAGUACCAACUGUGCAAUCAUUCCAAUCGGAGGCGGUACUUCCGUAUCAAGUGCUCUUGAAUGUCCUGUCACAGAGCAACGAGCUGUCAUCUCAUUGGAUAUGGCUCUCAUGGAUAAGAUUCUCUGGGUCGAUAAGGAGAACCUAACAUGUAGAGCGCAGGUGAGCUAA